AUGCCAUCAGCUCCCGGAGUCCGGACUAGCACCGGCACCGACGACGAUGUAGCUCGAGAUCAGGCUCCGUUGCUCAGCGACACAGACCAUGACACGUCUCACGAGGACGGCCGCGCAAAUAAGGCCGAGCACGACAGCGGCAUGACAAGACCUACACUGACCCUACAGGUAGGCUCGACGCCACAACUCACCCGCCGGCCAUCAUUCAUCGAUAAAGACGAACAGACGCCAGCGGCAGGCGGGCCAUCGAGCACCAAAGACGAUGCCAUCAACGAGAAGGCUGCCGUGACGUGGUCAUCCUUACCACAGAAAGCGCAACUAGCCGUCCUGACUCUGGCGAGACUCUCUGAGCCGCUGUCAGAACGCUCUCUCUCGGCAUACAUGUUCUAUCAGUUGCGGUGGUUCAGCCAGAUGCUCUGGUGGGGCAGAGCAGCCGAUCACCCAUCCAUUGGACGCAAACGUGUACUGCUCGUGGGUCUUUGUGGCACGUUCAUCGCCAGUCUGGGCGUCGGCUUUUCCACGUCCUUUGGCUUUGCUUUGUUCUGCCGGACCAUUGCUGGUCUAAUGAAUGGCAACAUUGGUGUUAUGAGGACGAUGAUCAGCGAGAUGAUCCGAGAGAAGAAAUACCAAUCUCGAGCAUUCUUACUGCUUCCAAUGUGCUUCAACGUUGGCGUGAUUAUUGGCCCAAUCAUGGGAGGCUUUCUGGCGGAUGCAUCAUUCGGAAUUCCCAAAUUCCCCUACGCACUGCCGAACUUGGUCUCUGGGACUCUCAUUUUGAUGUCAGCUGGCGGCAUCGUCCUGUUCCUGGACGAAACGCACGAAGCACGCCGAAACAAGCCCGACUAUGGGCGCAAGCUAGGUCGCAUGAUCACGAAAUUGCUCUCCCGCACACGAUCUCAAGGCUACACUCCUCUUGCCACACACUCCGCUGUCGACAGCGUAGACCUCGAGCAGCAUCCUCAAUCCUCGCUCACCACUCCUGGGACUGCCACAAAGCCCUCGGACCCCAAUACUACUCCAUCCAAGAACGUUCCUUUCCGCUCAAUCUUCACCAAGAACGUCACGCUCACGAUUCUCGCCCACCAUCUGCUCGCCUUCCAUGUCAGCAGCUUCAACGCCCUGAUCUUCCUCCUUCUUCCCGCCACACGUUCUAAUAACGCCAACGCGCACCUCCCUUUCUCUUUCACAGGCGGCUUAGGUCUUACUACCGAGCAGGUGGGCAUGGCCACUGCCAUCAUCGGCGUAAUCGGGUUGCCGCUGCAGAUCUUGCUGUACCCACCCCUCGACGCCAAGUUGGGCACCGUCACUGGCUACAAACUCUUUCUGCCCUUCUCCAUCGCUGCCUACAUAUGCCUGCCAUUCUUAGUCAUCUUACCGGACAACAAGUUCUUGAUUUGGCCGUGCCUGACCCUCAUAUUCGCCAUGCAGGUCAUGUCGAGGACAUUCGCGCUGCCCAGCGGUGUGAUUCUGAUCAACAAUUGCAGUCCUAGUCGGAAAGUCCUCGGAACAAUCCAUGGAUUUGCGCAGAGUGCUAGCUCUGCAGCCCGGACAGUGGGACCUGUGUUUGGUGGUUGGCUACUUGGUUGGGGUCUAGCACAUAAUUGCAUGGGCUUGGUCUGGUGGGUCAUGGCGGGCGUUGCGGCUGCGAAUUGGGCGUUGCUAUGGACUGUGUAUGAGGGAGACGGAUCUGGAGGGCGUGCGAACUACAACCGAGACGACGGCGACGAACUCGACUACGACGACCUGAACGAGAGUGGCAAGUUUGUGAUCGAACAAUUGAGAUGGACAAUGGACUACUGGCAAUCACGGCUGCAAAGAGGAAAACGAGCGCAGGACUUUCGGGAUAAGGUCGAACAGGCUCUCAACGAGGCAGCAAUUAUCGUCCUCCAGAUGGAGGCCAGACGGCAGUCAAUGCUCUACGAGAAUGCGGUCGAGAUGCUCGAUCCGGAUGCUAGACCGCACAAGCCCCCCCGAAGGCUUCAAUGA